GCAGCAAAACAUAUCGGCCAACAAGUCAACGUGAUUGAUUAUCAGAGAAUUCAGUCUGACAAAUUUGAACUUCCAAACCAAGUUGUCGUGAUGAUAGUGAGCGUAGAAGCCAGAGACCAAUUGUUAAAGUACCUAAUGGCUAAAAGAAAAGCACUUUUGGAUACGCAAUUCAUCAUAUACUCCGACGGAAGCACUGAUGCCAAAACAUUCUAUGCACAGCUAGAGGAUUUGAUGAAAAGCGCUUCGGAUGUGGAGAAACAAUUGAUCAUGGCAAAUUUUAUCCUGCUCCAAUCGCUGCAUACUCCAAAAAGCGAAGAUUUGCCCCUUAGUCAAAACUUUAGUGCAACCAAAGCCAUACAAGCAUCGUGGUUACUAUGCGAUGCGAUAAGCUUAUUAGAAGAAACUGAUGGUAACAUCCCGCAUCUCAACCAGUUUCUGGGGCGUAAACUAGCAGGACUUUCUGGACCAGUAUUCUUUCUCAGUGAUGGAACGCGUUUGCCAUAUUUUGAUGUUUUUACCUGGGAAUACGACCAUAUGCUCAAUGCUGCAUCGUUAAAACCAUCAGCUAUUCCAUGCAAUGAGAGUGAAUCCCAACCGUGCAUUUCUUAUGUAGGCUGA